AUGUUUGUGUUUGUGUUUCUCUUUGCUUUCCUUAACCAAGCUUUUUCUAGCCCAGUUUCGGUUACCAGUGACCAAGCUUCUUCUAGCCCAGUAUCUUUUCCAUUCCCUACAAUCACCCGUUUCAACUUCCCUUCAUUCACCCCAACAAGUUGCAUUGAUGGUAACUUAACUUGCACGGGUUCAGUUACCAGUAACGAUGGCUACUUAAGCCUAACGCCAGAGCCACAUCCAGGCAAUCCAACCUUGCAACUAAAUCAAGUUGGUAGGGUUCUAUACAAAUACCCUGUGUUUUUGUGGCCAGCGUAUAUCUAUUCUACGUUCACGUUCAGGAUUCUUACCUCCCCUUAUUCAACCGAGUCUGCAGAUGGACUAACAUUUAUUAUGGCACCCAACAGUAGUCCCUCGCCAGCUGACAGCUAUGGUUCCUAUCUUGGAAUAAUGGAUCCAGCACAAGACGGUCAUGCUGGUGGUCAAUUAGCUGUGGAGUUUGACACUUACAAGAAUACAAAUGAUUUGGAUGCAAAUCAUAUUGCGAUUGUCACAAAAAGUGUAAUACAUCCGAUUCAAGUUAGGAGUCUCAAUUAUACCGGAAUUGACUUGAAAAGUGGAAGAGAUAUCAAGGUUCUAAUAGUAUUGGAUGGCAUCACAAAGUCCAUUAGAGUGCACAUUGGAUAUGCAUCUGAUCCAAUAGGUGAGACUUUUCUUGAGGUGCCUAUUAACAUCCCCAAUAUCCUGCCAAGCUUCAUCUAUGUGGGAUUCACAGCAUCAACAGGGCGUCUUACUGAGCGCCAUCAGAUUAUCAACUGGAAUUUAGCAUCAUUUCCAAUCAAGAAAUGA